UGGGAUCGGAGCAGGAAGGACAUGUGAGAUAGUCACAGUUUUACAGUGAACAAGGCAAGAUCUAACCAUUUAAACUCCGCGUCCGUGUAGAAUGAUUGCUCUCGCCGGCGCAUCUCCGUUGCAAGAGUGAUUUUAUUCUUCUGGAAGCGUGUUCGGGAGGAAAACGGAAACCCCGAAUUUGCUUUCAAAGCGCGCAUGCAGUCCCUUUGACUGAUAUUCUUAUUACUGGACUUCUCGGAGGCUUCAGCCGCUGGAGUAUUAGAAGCAGCAACUCAUUUCUCUAACGCCUUUUUUCUCAGAGAAACGUCUCUGUUACGCGUCCCUUACUGUAUUUGGCAUCGCGAUACUUUCGUUCUAUUCUACUUCUCCUAAUUUUAGUAGAAUCGCUCAGUAAUCUGGAGACGUGGUAUUUUCUUUCGGGGAUCAACAUAACUGCAUAUGAUCAUUUCACCUCGAUUUUUGGAUGCACCGAUGAGAGAUCCAGUUUUCACAGGGACUGGCAUGGCUUAUCACCCUUUCCACGCUCACCGGCCGGCCGACUUCCCCAUGUCAGCCUUUCUAGCGGCCGCUCAACCUUCUUUCUUCCCGGCGCUCACGCUGCCUCCCGGGGCUCUCACUAAGCCAAUCCCGGACCAUACUCUUGCCGGGGCCGCGGAAGCGGGGCUCCACCCGGUACUGAGUCAUCAUCACCAGGCUGCUCAUCUGCGUACUCUUAAGAGCUUGGAGCCGGAGGAAGAAGUCGAAGACGACCCAAAAGUCACACUGGAAGCUAAGGAUCUGUGGGACCAGUUUCACAAACUUGGAACCGAAAUGGUAAUCACCAAAUCUGGAAGGAGAAUGUUCCCUCCUUUUAAAGUCCGAAUAAAUGGUCUUGAUAAAAAAGCUAAAUAUAUCUUGCUGAUGGAUAUCGUCGCUGCGGACGACUGCCGCUACAAGUUCCAUAAUUCUCGUUGGAUGGUAGCGGGGAAGGCCGACCCCGAGAUGCCCAAGCGAAUGUAUAUUCACCCGGACAGUCCGGCUACGGGAGAGCAGUGGAUGGCAAAGCCUGUUGCUUUUCAUAAACUCAAGCUGACCAACAAUAUCUCGGACAAGCAUGGAUUUACUAUUCUUAAUUCAAUGCAUAAGUACCAGCCCAGGUUUCACAUUGUGAGAGCGAACGACAUUCUGAAGCUACCGUACAGUACUUUCCGAACCUACGUGUUCCCGGAGACUGAUUUUAUUGCAGUCACUGCCUACCAGAAUGACAAGAUCACACAACUGAAAAUUGAUAAUAAUCCUUUUGCCAAAGGGUUCAGAGACACGGGAAAUGGACGUCGGGAAAAGAGGAAGCAACUAACGCUGCCUUCCCUACGUAUGUACGAGGAUCAGUGCAAGGUGGACAGAGAUGCAGGAGACUCGGACGCCUCCUCCAGCGAGCCCACGGCUGGACGGGAUGCUGUGCACUCGCCCGUGUCCAGCCCCCUUCGCUUCAGCCGAGCCAGCCGAGACGAGAAAGCCCUCACAGACAGUGAGCAGGAACUUGACCAACAAGAUGAGCGUUGCGCUGGGGCGAGCAGUCCUGGUCCUGAGCCCCCAUCUCCUUUCAGCCCCAGAUGUGAGGAAAGGGUGAAAGAGAGGCCUAGUCCAGACAAGAAGGACGAGUACCCCGAGUCAAGGAAGCAAAACGACUCCAUGUUCAGUGUCAGAAACCUUGAAAAAGACAAGUCGGAGAACAGGCACCGGAAAGAAGCGGAAUCUUCCAAGAAAGAUGGAGACUGUAGCAAUUUGGGAGGGGGCAAAGAUAGCUUUUCUCCCCUGAUGGUACAAACGGAGAGUCCCUCACACUUCACCGCAGGCCAUUUGCAGAGCCUGGCGCUCUCGGGGUUGCACAGUCAGCAGUUUUUUAACCCUUUGAACACCGGACAGCCUCUGUUUAUCCACCCCGGACAGUUCGCAAUGGCCCCCGGCGCGUUCUCUGCCAUGGGAAUGGGGCAUCUAUUAGCCUCUGUAUCCGGAGCAAGCGGCUUGGACAACGGAAGUCUGUCUGGCCAGGGGUCGGCAAGCACCCCAAAUCCAUUCCCCUUCCAUCUUUCACAGCACAUGCUUGCCUCUCAGGGUAUUCCGAUGCCGACCUUCGGCGGCUUGUUCCCGUAUCCGUACACCUACAUGGCAGCAGCGGCUGCAGCGGCAUCUGCGCUCCCCACUAGCACCGCUGCUACGUCACUCUCCAGGAACCCAUUCCUCAGCAGCUCCCGUCCCAGGCUGCGAUUCAAUCCCUACCAGAUUCCGGUGUCUAUUCCCCAAAGCACAAAUCUGCUCACCACCGGAUUGCCAAGCAGUCUAAACCAAGGAUCCGAGUCCUCAAAAUCGGGCAGCAGGGAGGCAAGCCCCGUCCCCGAGCACCACAACCACAAGGCCGGGCCAAGCCAGCGAACCGGGUCUCCUAAGUCAUCGUUGAAGGAAUCCAUCAAUGAACUGCAGAACAUUCAGAGACUGGUCAGCGGCUUGGAAAACCAGAGGGAAACUUCCCCGUCCAGAGAUUCCCCAAAGUGAUAAAUGGGAUUCUCAAAUUCUAUCCAUGACUUGGCUUGAAAUACAGAGGUCAAUAGGAACUGAUUUUGUACAGCACAUUACAGAGCAUAACAUUUUCGCUUGGAUAAUUGGAAUGCCCGACAGGAGUCACGGGCGUCACUAUAGACGGUUUUAAAGGGGUACGCUUUCGAGAAGGUAAAACAAAAAGCAUCGCAAUAUUCUUCAAAUGGACAACCAAAAGGACAUAUCGGGCUCCUAGCAACCUUGAUGGGUUUUAGUGGCUAAAACUUGAACCGAUAGUAACGUGUGAUUUCAAAGAAACCUGUAAAAAAAGACUUUAAAAUUAAUGGAAAACAACCAACUAUGUUGCUGUCAAGGGAGUCGACAGAAGUGACAACGUCAGUGUAUUAAAUACUAGAUAUUAGAUAUUCUUCAGGGUAAUAAUGCGUUUUUCAUGAUGCAAUGCGUGAAUGAGUAUGUAUGUUCAUUUGGUCCCCUGACGCACCGGAAAUCUACGGGGGCAGUAUGCCUGGGGGGCGGGGAGACUAAAAAUGAGGUGAGCUACAUCCAAAAAGUAAAAGUGUAUUUCAAAAGGGAUGGAAAGACGUCAGCGUUCCGUCAUGAAGGGUUUUCUUAGCUGUGGCAGAGAUCGCUUUUAAUAAAUGACGGACAAGUUUAUCUGAACUAUUUAUGUAAUUAGAAGAAAAAUGAUUCUGUAAAUAAGCUAUGAGGAUCCCAAAAUAAGAAAAUUGGUAUUAAUUUAUUCAAAGCUGUACAUUGGCGUGUAUAUAAUAUUUAGAGUUUAACUCAUUCCUUUUCCCAUUUUACAUGAACAUAUAUUGUAAAUUAAAACUAUUUAGCGCUUGUUGGUUUGAAACGGAAAAUGUUUCUAUCUGUGAUGCAUUGCUGUUUAUCCUGCCUGUGACACGUGAAGGAAACGUGCGUGCCAUCUUUACAUCGCUGCAAUCGCUGACUACACUAAUCAUAAUGAAGAGAGCUCCUGAAUUAUCACUACCUGAUAAUAAACAACGGGACAUGCAAAGGUAGGAAAACCUCAGGUUUUUUCACUCCAGCACAGAAGAGAUUUAUUACAUUCCUCUUCAAAAUGGGCGCUAUGUAUUUAAAUUGAAAGCGUAUCUCCUUAUGCUGGUUAUUCGGGUAAAUUCAAAUGUUUCUUUUUUGUUGAAUUCUCUCACAAUUUCAAUAAAAAAUUAAUGUGUUAAA